AUGUCUCGACCGAUCGUCGUUGUCGGCGCCGGUAACGCCGCCGGUUACCUCGUGCGCGCUCUCGUCGCCGCUGAUCCCGCGCUCGGUGCCAAAACUCUCGUUCUCGGCGCCGAGGACGUCGCUCCUUACGAGCGUCCGGCGCUCACGAAAGCGUUUUUACACGAACAAACGCCACCGCGAUUACCCGGAUUCCACACGUGCGUGGGCGGUGGCUUCGAUCGACAAACGCCCGAGUGGUACGCCGAGAGCGGGGUGGAAUUGAAGCUGAACUCGACGGUGACGAGCGCGGAUUUCAAGGCGAAAACGGUGACCACGGCGGGCGGUGAGUCUUUUGCGUACGAGACCUUGGUGGUUGCCACGGGAUGCGGCGUGAUCAGACUUCCAGAGUCCAUCGGGGGUGGACUCCGAGGGGUGCACUACGUGCGGAACAACUCGGAUGCGUUGGCGCUCACAGAGGCGAUGUCAAAAGCUAAGAAGUGCGUCGUCAUCGGCGGUGGUUACAUCGGUUUAGAGGUCGCCGCGUCGUGUGCGACGCGCGGAUUGAACCCUGAGAUUAUCAUGAUGGAGCCGCACUGCAUGGCGAGGCUUUGGAACGGAGAUAUUGCAAAGUACUACGAGGCUUUGUACGAAGCCAAGGGCGCAAGGUUUCAUCGUGAGAGCAAGGUGAAACGGAUUCUGGCGGACGACGCAACGGGCGCGGCGAGAGGUGUUGAGCUCGAGAGCGGCGUAGUGAUCGAUUGCGAUUUGGUUGUUGUCGGCAUCGGCGCUACUGCGCCGUUGCCGUUCGCAGGAUUGGAUGCUCCCGAGGGACGUCUCGGCGGCGUCAAGGUUGACUCUCGAUUCCGAGCGUCCGGAGCCGACAUCGCUCCGGGUAGUGUCUACGCCGUCGGCGACAUCGCGGCUUUCCCGCUCAAGAUGACGAAUGAGAUCGUGAGAAUGGAGCACGUCAAGCACGCGCGGGACAGCGCGACGCUCGUCGGUAACCUGAUCGCUGGCAAGACGGACGCCGAAUACGAUUACACCCCCUUCUUUUACAGCCGUGUGUUCGAGCACCCCGGCACCGAACGCGCCGUGAGCUGGGUCUUCCAUGGCUUGCAACGCGGCGAGAUCAUCACCGUCGGUGAUUUCAACCCUAAGCUCGCCGCAUUUUGGGUCGAAAACUCAAAGUGCGUCGGCGUCAUGCUCGAAUCCGGCGCCCCGGAGCAAAACUCCGCCCUCGCCGCCGCGACGCGUUCGGGUAAAUCCAUCGACGUCGACGCCCUCCGCGCCGCCGCAUCCGCCGACGACGCCAUCGCGCUCAUCCUUUAA